UGUAGAACCCAGCAGAGAUGAGCUAACGGACGCUAGCUGCUGCUUCCUGUGUGUCAGUGAGGCCAGGUGAGGUGGCAGCAUGGAUAAAAUGAGGAGAAUCCUGGUGCAUGUUUGUAAAGACCGAGCGGCUCCACAACGAGCUCACUUUGUUCAGAGUAUAACGGGUCACUUCAGUGACGGUGGUGAAGAUGAGGUGGAGGUGGACUGCUCACUGGAGAAAAACCAGUUUAUUCUCUACAGAGGAGACAAAGGACGAGGGAUAUCUCUGAAGAGGCCCGCCUUCUGUCCCAUCAAACACCUGUCAGUCACAGAGGCAGCUGCGAUCCCAUUGGACGUUCAGCAGCGUGGAGUAGACGUGGGUGUGGCCAUCAUCCUUCAGACAGCCAAUCAGAGAGUGUUGCUGACACGUCGGGCGAAUGAGCUUCGUAUAUUUCCCAACGUCUGGGUUCCUCCAGGUGGUCAUGUGGAGCCGGAUGAGAGUCUGCUGGACGCAGGCCUCAGGGAGUUAAAGGAGGAAACUGGACUCAAACUGGAACCAGAGGGAUUUUCUCCAAAAAUACUGGGACUCUGGGAGUCAGUGUAUCCUCCCAUGCUGUCCAGAGGACUUCCUCAGAGACAUCACAUCGUCAUCUACAUGCUGCUGCAGUCCUCCCUGUCUCACCUGCAGCUACAGACCUUUCUGAGACCGUCUCCUGCUGAGGUCAGUGCCUGUGUGUGGGCCGACAGCCGGCUGGCCAGAGCUGUCGUGUCCGCUGUGGAUGGAGAGGAGACAGAGCUUCAACUGCAUGACCUGCAGAGCAGCAUCAGUGUGUCGCAGGUCUCCACAGAGGGAGCUCUGACUGACUCCACUCUUCCUCUGGAGGUGUUCGUCAGCCGGGCGCCCGCCAGCGGCCCGGAUGUGGAGCGGGUCAGCACUGGGACCAAGUUUGCCCUGGAGCUGUGGCUGAGGAGCCUGGAGACCUCUGACCUCUGACCUCUGACCCCGCCACCCUACAGGCCUCUGGAGGGACAGCUCUGGAUAAGAGGAGGUUGUCUCUGUAAACGUCACUUUUAUUUUCAUGUUCUUUGAAUCUUUAUUUUUAAUAAAACACACCUGAAACAGAAACGUGUCUCUGACUGACACUUUACCAACUUUACCAACCCGGGUUAAUUUAUGUUGUCUGAUUAAAAACUUACAUAUGAUGGUAUUUAAGUGGCUGAUUCCAUGAUUUAUAAAUUUAUAGACAUUUAAAUGUGAAAACUCUGAAACCAACAAAAAUAAACGAAUGAACAAAAAAUUACUUGAGUUUUAUUUUCUGAGAGGGAAACAGUUUAAUUUUGGCACCAUGAUGUUCCGUCUGCAGAGUUGUUGUUCAUCAUAUCUUUAAAGACUUUAUAUUAUUAUUGUUAUAUUUUUUAUUAUUUGGGUGGUGUUUCUGGGUUUGUGUCUAAAAUAAACAAUAACAAAUAAGAAAAUAAGGUGAAGAAAUUUGAAAUGAAAAUAAAUGAAUAUAAAUGGUCUUCAAGUAUUAGUACACUCAAACUAUUCAGUUGUACAAUCUUACACAUCAUAGCAGGUCUUUUGCAGAUUUUAAGUUCAUAUUUCAGGGAUUUACAGGCUGUCGGUGAAAUUCAUCACAAAA